AUUCCAAUUAAAACCAUGGCGCCUACUGGUUCCUCAAAGCUUAAGAAUAAGGGCAAAGGGAAGGAGAUAGAAGAGCCUCGCGCAUUUUUCCGCCUAUACUACCCAGAUCUGUAUGCCGACAAACUGCGUCUCCCCCCAUCCUUUGUGGCAUGUCUGGAGAAUGGUCUCCACCCCCACUGCCAACUCGUCCUUCGCGAGCGACGUCGUUGGGACGUACAAGUCGAAUACGUGGACUGCCUUUGUGCGCGACAACAACCUUCACAACGGCGAUAUGCUUAUAUUUACUCAUGUAUCAGCCCGUGUUUUCAAUGUGACUCGCUUCCUCUCGAACGGGUGUCUGCCUUACUAUCCCCGAGGAUACACCGAUGACUCUUCCUCCGACUCCGAAGACACUGAGGAGAUACCGGAGAUGAAAGCUGAUGCGUUCGACAAGUAGAUCCCAUGGAAGUGCAUUUUCACGUUGAAUUCGGAGAUGAACUUAGUGUGCCUUUCUUUUUGUAGAACAAUGCGCUGUGGGGCACUAUUAUAAUUAUAUGUACUCGUUUUGUAUUGUAUUAUGUUUUCAAUUAUGGAUGUUGGAAAGUUAACUUUGUGUUGCUUGCACCUAAGAGGUGGUAUUAAAAAAAAUAGUAGUAAAAAAUGUUUGGGGUCGUGGUUUUAUAAA